CUUGACGUUAAUCUUCAAAUCAAAUUUCUUUUGGAGAAGUUGGUGUCUCUGUCACAAUGAUCUGCAUGGCGUUUCUUUUCCUUGCUUUCCUUUUGCACCCUACCACUGAAGGAUCCCCCCUUCCCGCAAGGGUGCGCUGCAGCUGCAUUGGAAGCGGGGUUGACUUCGUUCCUCCAGCUCGAAUUGAGAAGAUUGAAAUAUUUCCAUCCUCUGCAGUUUGUUCACAACUUGAAAUUAUUGUUACCCUGAAGGAUACAACACAGAGGUGCAUGAAUCCAAAAUCCAGAUUUACUCAAAAUAUAAUCAACAAAGCAAAGAAAGAAAGAUCUUCACAUUAAGAAUCUCACAUCUGCUGAUAAAGAAAGAAGGCUCAACCACAAAGAGGAAAUUUGGCAAACCUACUCUGACCUGAAGCGAAUUUAGUAAAACCAAAAGUUUUUGGCUAAAAGUCAUUAUUGUCAGUAAACAAAUCUUGAUUAUUUGGAUUGAUUAAUUAUUAAGUUAUUCUCUGCAAGAAAAAUAAAUUACAAUAAUAUUUAUGGUAAAAAAACAAGUUCCAAUUUACUGAUGACAGUAAUUUAUUUUGAGAGUAAAAUUUCUCAAGUAUCAUCACAAAGGUUUCUUUAAGUGCAGAUGCGACUGUAAUGUUUGAACUUGUAAAGAUUUAUUGUGUUCAUUUUGAAAAUUUGCAUUUUGGCAAAUUCUUUAAGGGAAGUUUUGUGCAGAAUGGAUUAUAAAAUAAUUUUUUUUGUAAAUACUGUAAUAUAUCCUUUGUAAAUUUCUGCAAAUUUUAUUGUCAAAGAAUAAAUAAAAAUAUAAUUAUAGUGCAA